ACGGAUUUGUCGAGUAAUCUCAGUCUCCCUUCACUUAUUUUUUUAUUCCUUUGCGAAUAUAAAGAAAUCUCUCUCAGAUCUGCUGCGUGCGUCAAGUUCUUUAAUUAACAGGUUCACGGAUAAGCUUUCUUCGGUAAACUUUUAGUUUUUUUUCUCUUUUUUUGUGCACAACCGUGCACAACCGUCUCUGCACGCCUUCACUCCUCUCCACCAUGGAUUUGGUUUGGAUUGUGGGCUUCUUUGGGAGCGUCUGCGCCUGGUGUGCUUCAGCGGAGCGGCACAGUGUCUACUGGAACAGCACAAACCCAAAGUUUCAGCGGAACGACUAUGCUGUGGAGGUGAAGCUUAAUGACUACCUGGACAUCGUCUGCCCCCAUUACCCGCAGGGUGAGGUGCCAUCGCUGGACGCCGAGCGAUACGUGCUCUACAUGGUGGAGCGGGAGGACUACGACACCUGCAAGCCCCAGUCGUAUGACCAGAUGCGCUGGGAGUGCGGUCAUCCAUUUGCCCCUCACGCUCCUGAGAAGUUCUCUGAAAAAUUCCAGCGUUUUACUCCUUUCACCCUGGGAAAGGAGUUUCGCCAAGGAGAGAGCUACUACUAUAUCUCCAAACCUUUGCACCACCAUGGCCAAGAGUGCCUGAGGCUGAGGGUGAGCGUCAUAGCCGCAGAUGGCUCUCAAGAGGCCAGAGUGGCUAAAGGGGGCACAGGUGGGACUACAGUUGGAGCCGGUGGCGGGGUUCACAACCCAUCCAACAGGCUGCCUGCAGCAGAUGACCCGGUGGUUAUCCUGCCAGAUGUUCAGAAGAGUGUAAGCGCAAACUCCGCAGUGGCAGCUACAUCCCUCUCAAUCCUCUCAGUGCUAGUCCCAUUUUCGUUACUGUUUUUGUUGCACUGAGAGUACAUAAAAAGGAUUUCUGUUGGCAGACUUUUUUUUGUUUUUGGAGGGGAUUUUUUGUUUUUUUUCAGAGACUACAAUGAAGACAGUCCGUGGGGUUGAAAACCACUGACUAAAAAAAAAAAAAAAAAAACCAUGCCCAGUGCUGGCCACAGGGAGAGACUUUUGAAGCGUGCAGAGUACAGAUGGACUCGCUUGCACAACAUGUGCUGAGCAACUUUGAGCAUUUGAGACAAGUACUUGUGCUUUGUCUUAUUAUUUUUUUUUUGUCCAAAAGAUGACAGUAUUUUUCUGGAAAGACAAAGCUCUCCUUGAUUUGUGCUAUUUGGGGCUCCCCCAUCAAACCAACCGCUCUGGAGGACUUCCCUGCAAGAGAGAAGAAAGAAGUUGAAGAGGAACCUGAAGUGGCUGAAGGACAAUCAGGAGUUAACCAACUUUGAAUUUUAUACUGACAUGGGGGACAGGAAGUCAGCAUUUAAAGAAAAAAGAAAGGAAAAAAAAAAAAAGUAAUCUCAAGCCUUUUGAGCCAAAGAUCAGUCAUCUCUCCAACUUGUACACUAUUCCACCCUGAGUACUGUGUACUAUUUGUUGUAUUGUUAUCGUAACGGUAUUGCGUGACCUUGCUGUCCCAGGUGAUUACGUUCUCUUAAUGUAGCAUUAACAGACACAAAAGUUGUUCUCAUGACCACGAUUCCUUCGCAGACCAUGUGCUUAUAUACUGUAGCACUAAUACUGCACAUCAACAUACACUCCAUUUAAAACAGUGCUUAAUCCAAACACACACACACACACACACACACACACACACACACACACACACACACACACACACACACAAUCAUCAGACGCUCUGUAACACAUGGAAACACUACGUUGAAUCAUGUUACGUGUACAUUCUGUGAAGAUAAUUUAUAACAUUUGCAGCUGAGACGUUUUACUGUAUAUACCAUGUGCUCACAAAAUGAAAUGUUUACUGUUGCCGAUGGGGAGGGCCCCCGGUGGAGGUAGUAUUUGUGUGAAAGGCAAUAUGUGCGCGUUUAAUUGAGAACAGGAGAAUGUGUGUAAGCUGUGCAGCGUUUGAUUGAAAGCGUGUUGAGACAAAUGUUUUUUUUCUUUCUGCCAAAAGAAACACUGAGAUGUUGUGUGAACCGCAGAGAGGCUGGACUUCUCUGUUUGUUGGAUCUCGCCUCGCAAUGGUUAAAACUGUCUGACACAAGAAGCUGGUAUUAAAUCUUUCUUUUUUAGCGCAGGACUCACCCCUGUGUGUCAUGGUGCUUUCCACCCCGACUGGAAAACAAGCAAACACAAAGUGGGGCAAUCAGCUAUUUAGUUUUAGAGCAAUUCAAAAAAAAAAAAAAAAAA